UCACUCACCGGCUUGACUAUCCCUUGCGUGUAUUUUGCUCUCUCUUCUUCGGUCACUUCGGACCACUGUUCAUUCCUGGAUGCGGAGCCGUAAUGGACUGAGCUAAAAGGACGACGAGAGGGAGCAUGAACGAGUUGGCAGCAUACGGGCGUGAUGACGCUAUGAGCCCCGUGCACUGGGGAGACAGAAAUACACUGUACACCACGUCAUCGUUGACGGGUAUACACAUGCAUCCUGUGGAUAGACGGCCUUAGGGCAAGCACGCAACAUUAUCACUCGGGAUAGUAGUAGCUUGCUCGCUCGCACACACGUACACAUAUGCCACUGACAACUCCACCUACCUACCGUAAACUGUGAUGAUAAUGGCUUAUUCCUUGGGAUGAGGCAACAUCAGCAAGUCUACUGUGGUCAUUAUGCCCAGCUUGGUGCACUCGGAAAUCCUUCAUCCUACUAGCACAUAAAUUGGCUCUCCAUAAUUUUCGGAUAUUAUUAUAGAAUAUUGGUGUGUUGUUGGAGCAGACUGGUUGUGGAUUUCAUUGUGAUCAUCUACCUAUGAAGGAGUUCGUAAUUUCAAGAUUGCUGAUUGGUUUGGGAUAUUUUUUCCCGCCCAAAUAAAAGUAUCCUCUCCGUUUGUUUGUUCUGUUCGCCUGUUUGGAUUUGUUGUCUUUGAUGAGCGCGUACCGCUGCCGCGACGUCCCGGUUCGUUUGCUACGUUCAGCGUGGUCGGGUUUAUUGUGGUUUGUCUAUGGUGCUCAACAGGAGGCUCCAGAAUCCGUCAUGUCGGCUGCACCCAGCUCCAACCAGGUCGAGGACUGGCUUCAGGCCAACCCGGAAUGGUUCGAGGAUUACUUCCUGAAAUACGGAUCCAAGAAGCUAGUUCAGAAGUGGAUCGAGAACCACAAGAGCGAAGUGGUCGGUACGGGUCUGAAUAAUGUGAGUCUGAAACCGGUUUCUCCAUCCAACCAGCGACGGGUUACGUACGCUCAGCUCACCCGCAGCAAGAGCCGAACGAACUCCCAAGGGGACGAGAAAUCGGAUAAUAAUAACUCCACCACUCCCGAGGAGGUCGCCCCGAUCCGGCCCCGGUCCGGCUCCCGGCAGUACCUCAGGCAGGACUUCGCCAAGGCGAGGUCCAGAACGUUGUUCAAUACUUGGGCGUCGCCGUCCAGUCCCGGCAUGGACAAUAAGGACCAGGACAACGACGGAGGGCCGAUCUCUCCCCGGGAUCCGGCUAACUGUAGACGGGGUCAGCUGCGACGAGCUUCCACAGUGCCCCCUGAGAGACACUCCAUCAGUAUGCUGAGUCUGCUCUUAGAGCCCAAGGUGCGACUGCCGCACCGGACCAGCAUCACCAACGAGGCCAAGCUGCAGCUCCGCUCCACCGAUGAGCGAGAGUUCUUCCUGACCCUGGUCAAGGAUAUCUCCCACGACCUGGACCUGGACAGUCUCCGGGAUAAGAUAGCCACCAAUGUUGGCAUCUUGGUCAACAGUGAGAGGUCUUCUCUGUUCCUCUUGGAAGGACCUAAGGGACGGGAAGUGCUUGCCUGUAAACAACACAGAUUGGGAUUUGAGAGGGACGGGAAUUAUUUUGGAGGUAAAUCUGUACCCUGGCAAGAAGCAGGAAUUACUCUGUCUCUUGGUGAGGGGUUUGUUGGUCGAGUUGCUGAGACUGGGCAGGCUCUGCGGAUUGAUUCCCCGGCUGAGCUUUCGUACCUGAAAGAAGCAGAGACGCUGAUUGGUUUACAAGUUAAGUCUGUCAUGUGUCUACCAAUCAGAAACAGCGAAGAUGACAUCAUCGGCGUGUGUCAGGUGACCAAUAAGAUAUCCGGGUCACGGUUCACUGAACACGAUGAAAAGCUGUUGGAAACGUAUCUGACUUUCUGUGGAAUAGGAAUAAACAAUGCCCAGCUCUUCGAGACCUAUAUGAAGGAGUAUGACAGAAAUAGGAAACUUCUGGAGGUUGCACAUGACCUGUUUGAGGAGCAGACGUCCCUGGAUAACGUGGUGCAGAAGAUUAUGCAGAGGGCUCAAUCGCUACUCAAGUGCGAGAGAUGUUCAGUGAUGCUUGUCAAAGAUCCAACGGCCGAGACCAUCACAUUCUCCAAGGUGUUCGACCUUCCCUCGUCUCUCCACAAUGGUCACAGCACCAACACCAUGUGCUGCACCGGUGUCAAGCUAUCUAAUGGUAUCAUAGAACACGUCGCAUCGACUGGGGACACAUUGAAUAUCUACGACGCUCAGAAUGAUCCGCGGUUUGACAAGGAGCUCGACAAAGCCACUGGAUUUCACACACGCUCGAUCCUGUGCAUGCCAAUCAGGGACAACAAAUAUCAAAUCAUAGGUGUGGCCCAGAUUCUGAACCGGACAGAUGGUUUUCCGUUCGAUGAGAAUGAUGAACAGCUGUUUGAGGCGUUCACGAUAUUCUGCGGCUUGGGAAUCAACAACACGCUGAUGUACAACGAGGUAGCCAAAGCUAUGGCCCGUCAGAAGGUGGCGCUAGAGGUCUUAUCUUACCAUGCGUGCAGCACGUCGCAUGAAGUGGAAUCACUCAAGAUCUCCCGCCUGCCGCAAAUCCAGGCCCUAGGGAUGACAAGAUUCGAUUUUGAUGACUUCAAGUUGGACGCCGACGAGAUGGUUAAAGCCUCGUUGAGGCUUUACAUGGACCUUGGAUUGUUGCAGAAAUUCAAGAUUGAUACCGAGGCAAUGACACGUUUCUUGUUGACAGUGAGAAAGAAUUACCGUCCCGUUGCUUACCAUAACUUCAGACAUGCCUUCAAUGUUCAGCAAGCUAUGUUUGCCGUUCUGCAGAAUACAAGUGUGAUUCACUACCUCACAGAACCCGAGCAGCUUGCAUUAUUGGUGGGUUGUCUUUGCCAUGAUCUGGACCAUCGAGGAACGAACAAUGCAUUCCAAGAAAAGAGUCAGUCUCCAUUGUCACAGCUGUACGGUUCAAAGGCCACCAUGGAGUACCAUCAUUUCAACCAUACUGUUAUGAUACUCAGUAGCCAGGGCCACAACAUUUUCGGUAACAUGGCAGCAGAGCAAUACAGUGAGGUCAUGAAUGUUCUCAAGCAUGCGAUUCUCGCCACGGACUUGGCUCUUCAUUUCAAAGUAAGGGGACAGUUCUUUGAAUUGGUGAGGUCGGGAAAACAGAACUGGCGUAAGACUACACAUAAGGAAUUGCUCAGGGGAAUGGUGAUGACAGCAUGUGAUGUUGCAGCCAGCACUAAACCAUGGAGAAUACAACAUAAGAUUGCAGAGUUAGUUACUAGUGAAUUCUUCGAUCAAGGAGACAAAGAAAGAAAUGAACUUAAGAUAGAGCCAGCGUCGAUGUUUGAUCGGAACCGAAAAGACGAGUUACCUCAAAUGCAGCUUGGGUUCAUCGACGGAGUUUGUCUGCCACUCUAUGAGUCAAUGGUAAAGGUAUCGCCAAUGUUCACCACAAUGUUAGAGGGAGUCCGUGCCAAUCGUAGGAAGUGGCAUGAGCUGAACGAACAACGCAAGAGGAAAAAGAGCACAUCGGAAAUCACUAAGCCCAACAUCUGCUGACGACAAAGCAAAAGUUUGCAUACGAACAUCUGACGUCACACUUCGAGGCUCUUGAAUAUUAAGCCAAAAGCCAGCAUUGAGCAAGCGUACGGAUCCUUACGGAUGAACCUUUGACCUCGCAUUCAUUUCGGAGAUUCGCAGUCAAACCCUACGUUCAUGUAUACCUAUAAACCAACAUUACAUGCACCCCAUUUCACAAUGGUUGAAACUUACAGUGCACACCGCAUGCUGACGACAGAAAGUGCAGCUGACAGGCAUCACCUCGUACCAUGCAAACAUAGGCAUUUUUCGAAUCCAUGGCUUCGGCUUUGGAUUCGGCUCAGACUAGCUUGGCCCCUGCAGUUGCGCGUACUUUGUGUACGCGCUCAGACAGGGCUUCAGACGAGAGGACGGAGCCUGAAGCCGAAGCCGUGGUUUCAAAAAGGGCCAGAGAAAAUGGAAGAUGAUCAAAUGGCGAUAUCAGAGAGAGCUGCUUGUGAGAUGAUUUUAGAAAAUUUAAAUCGUUCAACAGAGAUUAUUUCUGCAAAAAAACUUGCUGUCUAAUGUGUCUUUAAAGUUUAAUCAAAAUCGUUGUAAGAUCGAUCGAAAUUUGCGAAUAGAUCCGCCGAGAGUGAUCACCGUUAUUUAGAUGUAAUCAUUUCCACUGACAAAUUCACAGGCCAGUAGUUUCUCAAGAUAUUUCCUGGUUUCAGGAUUUUUACCUCAAUCUCCUUGAGUCUUCACUCACAGGCCUCACAAUUCAAUAGUACGUUGACAAUCCCACAAUGUUAUUUUAAAGUGCUGUAGAUUGCAAUGCUGAGCAUAUCCUAACAGUGGGUUGGUUUGGUGGCGUACAUUCAAAGAACCGAUGUCUACCGGUAUGUGUGGCCCCUUAAAGGCAGUGGACACUAUUGGUACUUACUCAAAAUAAUUUUUAGCAUAAAACCUCACUUGGUAACGAG